UAGAGAGAGGUGGAUUUUCAUUCAUUUCACUGACUUGAAGAACCUAUACGCCUGCAUCUCAAGCAGACGACCUAACGAUUCCAAUCUGCCGAGAGAGAAGAAGACUGUCUCAAUCUUCCCCUGGGCGGGAAGCAUCAGCACAGCCCUCGACAUGGACAACACAACAGAAUUGGCCCUGACCCCUGUCAAUAACAACUUCACCAACAGCAACUGUUCCCGUGACAACGUGCUGAAGACGGUGGUGUUUCCUGUUCUCUACUCCCUCCUCUUCCUGUUGGGCCUGUCGCUCAACGGCCUGGCAGUGUGGGUGUUCUUCAGCAUCCCCAGCCGCUCCCACUUCAUCAUCUACCUCAAGAACAUUGUGGUGGCCGACGUCCUCAUGACCCUCACCUUCCCCUUCAAGGUGCUGUCUGACUCCAACAUGGCGUCCGUGGGUCUGCGUGUCUUCGUCUGCCGUGUCUCCUCUGUGCUCUUCUAUCUCACCAUGUACAUCAGCAUCCUCUUCUUCGGCCUCAUCAGCAUCGACCGCUGCAGGAAGACCCUCCAGCCCUUCAAGGUGACCAACAUGGCCCGUCUGACCCACAGAAAGCUGCUCUCUGUGGCUAUCUGGGCCUCCCUGCUGACCCUCUCCCUGCCCAACAUGAUCCUGACCAGCCACAGCCCCACCUCGGCCUACUUCAAGUGCAGCGUUCUUAAAACGGAGGCUGGGCUGCUCUGGCAUGAGGUGGUCAACUAUGUGUGCCAGAUAAUCUUCUGGGGGAACUUGGUGACAGUGAUAGUGUGUUACACACUCAUCACCAAAGAACUGUACAGUUCAUACGCCCGCACCAGGGCAUGCCGUUCUACUGGAGCCAUACACAACGCUGGUAAUGGCGUGGGUAAUGUUGAAGGGCAGCGCCAGCCCCGGAGGAAGAGUGUAAGUUCAAACGUCUUCCUGGUGCUGGCUGUGUUCUUCGUGUGCUUCGUGCCGUUCCACUUCUCCCGCGUGCCGUACACCCUGAGCCAGACGAGGGUACACCUGUUUGACUGCAACCUCAAGCUGUUCUUCUUCCAGCUGAAGGAGAGUACACUCUGGCUGUCCUCCCUCAACUCCCUCCUGGACCCUCUCAUUUACUUCUUCCUCUGUAAGUCCUUCAGAACUAUGUUCAAGACCCUCCAUCUCCCACCUGGGACCUGCAGCUGGCUCACUGGGACAGGGUCCGGCCCCAACACAGCGGAGGAUCAGACCCAAACACAGGAGACUCCCCUGGGAGACACAUCUAUUAUGUAAUCUAUCUGUAUUUAGGUAAUAGGUAACUAAAACUCUAUGUUCUAUCUAUGUAUCGUGAAGAUCUGAUGAAUGUUUCACAGAGGACCAUACUGCCCUCUGCUGGAAGGAUAACUAAACUGAACUGUGUGUUCAUUAAAAUGCAGAGGCAAUGGGAACAAUCAAUGUAAACUUCCAAUGAGAAACAAUAUUUUAGCCAGUGAUGAUUAUGAUCAUAUGCAGAGCAGCUGUUCCAGGACAGCAAUAGCUCUAUGUUUGUUACACCAGUCUGAUACACCAGUCUGAUACACCAGUCUGAUACACCAGUAUGUUACACCAGUCUGAUACACCAGUCUGAUACACCAGUAUGUUACACCAGUCUGAUACACCAGUCUGAUACACCAGUCUGUUACACCAGUCUGAUACACCAGUCUGAUACACCAAUCUGAUAUACCAAUCUGUAACAGUUAGUAGAAUGUUAUAACACCCUCUAAACAUCGCCGUAACCUCAUGCCAAGGAACUCACCUCGGGUCUCCCUGUCUUUCUCGUAACAGCUUAGUUCCCUACACUGGCAUUCUGCUUUGACUUCAUCACUGUUUUGGCCUAGGAACUGAAAUAAGAGACAUGCGUACUUCCCCUGUAAUUAUGUAUGUAACCAUGGCACAGUGCUUAUGCCUGUCAUGUACAGGAUAGAGUCAGCAAAACGUUCUUUUACAGUAUAAAAAUGUGACAUGUGA